AACUAAUUAUUUCUCCUGCACUGAUUACAUUGAAAUGCAUAUUACCAAAAGACAAAACAAAGAAACAAAACUAUAAAAGAGCAACAGUUUACUGUCAUUAAUUAGUCUAAAAUUUGUACAAACAAUUUUUUUUGGACCAUGAACACUUCACCAAUUGCCAGUCAACACUUGGAGUCGUGAACAGGAAAAAGAAUUGCAUAAUAGUUAAGACCCCCCAACUGUGUAGUACAGUACUGAUAAAAUAUAUCAAAAUUAAAACCAAAUUACAUUAAUGAAGACCAAUCAAACCCACCAUUCAUCUUCUAUCUUCAAUGCUGCAGCCUUCUUUGUCUAAUCCUACAAGCGAAGCCAUCAAGCAAGCUCUUGUGCCCUCACCUGAUCAAAAUGGAGAAACCCUUGCUUCUGGCUUUUCUCUUCCUCCAAACAGCCAUAACACAAGCUGCUGUGAGUGUGGGUGGUGGCGUUGGUGUCGGCAUUGGCAUUGGCGGUGGCGUUGGUGGUGGUGGUGGCAGUGGUGUUUGGAUUGGGGGAGGAAUUGGCAGCCCAACUCCAUCUGGGUCUUCUUCAGCAAAGCUUGAAGAUGCUUAUAGAGCUCUCCAAGCUUGGAAAUCUGCAAUUAAAGAAGACCCACUUGGGGCUUUAGCCACCUGGGUUGGCACCAAUGUGUGCUCUUACAAAGGGGUCUUCUGUGCAGAUCUUCAAGAUCAAACGGGCACCACCACCGUCGCCGGAAUAGAUCUCAACAGGGCGAAUCUCCGGGGAACUCUAGUAAAUGAACUUUCUCUGCUCAGAGACAUGUCUCUUCUUCACCUCAACAGCAACAGAUUCUCCGGCACAGUCCCUGAAACUUUCAGGGACCUAUCUUCCCUCCAAGAAUUAGAUCUCAGCAACAACCUCCUCUCAGGACCUUUCCCCACGGCGACCCUGCUCAUGCCAAAUCUCGUCUACUUAGACCUCAGAUUCAACAGCUACGCGGGAUCAAUUCCAGAGGACCUAUUCAACAAGCGCCUUGAUGCGAUCCUCCUCAACAACAACCAGUUCGAAGGCCAAAUCCCUUCAAACUUAGGCAACUCCCCUGCUUCUGUCAUAAAUUUGGCUAACAACAGAUUCAGCGGGAGCAUCCCGUCUAGCUUUGCUUACUCGAGCUCUGGUGUGAAGGAGAUUUUGUUCCUCAACAACCAGUUAACGGGUUGCAUUCCGGAGGGAGUAGGGUUCUUGAGGAAUACGCAAGUGCUGGAUUUGAGCUUCAAUUCGCUGACAGGUCAUUUGCCGGAUUCUCUGUCCUGCUUGAGCGACAUUGAAGUGCUCAAUUUGGGGCACAACAAGCUGUCCGGGGUGUUGCCGGAGCUGGUCUGUUCUCUGAGAAGCCUUGUGAAUUUGAGCGUGGCUUACAAUUUCUUUUCUGGGUUUAGCCAGGAAUGUACAAAAUUGGUGAUCAGGAACGUGGGUUUUGAUUUCUCGGCGAAUUGCAUUCCGGGAACAAGAAUGCAGAGGCCGCAGCCGGAUUGCUCCGUCGUCCCAGGAGGUGGGUUGAACUGUCUCAGGAUCCCUGCUGUGGAGGCUCUUAUUUGCGGGUCAUUGGGCGGAGCCCCGAAUGAUAUCCGGAGCUCGUCGUCUCCACCCCCAUGAGAGAGGGAGAGAGAGAGAGAGAGAGAGAGAUGAGACGUGACCUAUGACCUGUUUUGUGUGGAACAGGUUGGCCACAUCUGGCUCAUUGAAGGAAAAGGAGAUGGUAAUGGAUUAGAUCAGACUUCAGAGUUGGGAGAGAGUGUAGUUUUAAUUUUUUAGCUCGAGCAGGUUGAAACUUGAGACACUGUAAUCAAAUCUUGAUUACUGACUAUGAACAAUAUGUAUAUGUAUGUAUAAAUAAUGAUUCUGUUUUUUUAGUUUUU